AUGGACGGUGAGGGUGCAUCGCCUCUCUGUCACGCCAUCAUGCUGGGGUGCGAUGAAGCCACCACCAGGCUGCUGACCGCCGGGGCGAGCCCCCAUCCACUGCCCGGCCAGCGGCGCAGCGCGUUCUUCGAAGCUUGUGACGGCAAGAACGUCUUUGCAGUGCGUUUGUUGCUGGAGAAAAGUGCGGAAGUGAGCGACCGCCGGCCUGACGGGAGUCGUGGCAGCGACAGUCUUCUCAAUAUUGCGGCUGGGAAUCUCGCAAUAACGAGGAUGCUGCUGGAUGCAGGCGCGGAUGUUCAUGAUGGGAUGGAUGGUGAGGAGGCCUGCAGCCCGCUUGAUGUGUGGGCCAGCUCCUCUAAUGCCGUGGAAGGGAUGUCACUCAUGAUCGAGAAAGGCGCCGACGUGAAUACUCGCAGUCGUGAUGAAGGAAGGACCCCACUCUUCGCCGCGGUGUUGAGAGGAGACAAGGAGGCCGUCGCCCUCUUGCUGGAUGCAGGUGCAGAUGUCAACGCCUCUGACAAUGCCGGGUUCCGCGCUUUGAUUUGGGCUGCCGAGUUUGGAUAUUUGGACAUCCUGGCGCUGAUGGUUGAACGCGGGGGCGAUCUCCGCAGCACGGACGGUCAGGGCCGCACGGCACUGGAUCGCGCCGCUGAUCGCGGCAAGUCGGAUGUUGUCGCUUGGAUUCGGGGUCGCUUGGAGGGAACCUCCAAGGCCUCUGACUGA